AUGCUAGACGUAGCCCUGGCACAGGAGAUGCUCUCCAGGAACUUGGCUGUUGUAGAAAUGCAUUUCCUGACUUCUCAGAGGACGGAGUUGAUCUCGAACGAAAUCAUGUCAACCUGUGGGAUAGACGAUGACAUUCCCCAGGGAGAGAGGAAAACAGUCACGGAUUUCUGUUACCUGCUGGAUAAAUCCAAGCAGCUUUUCAACGGCUUGAGAGAUUUGCCCCAAUAUGGGCAGAAGCAGUGGCAAUCUUACUUCGGCAGGACCUUUGAUGUUUACACCAAGCUCUGGAAGUUCCAGCAGCAACAUCGACAAGUCCUGGACAAUCGGUACGGCCUGAAGCGCUGGCAGAUUGGGGAGAUCGCCUCCAAGAUUGGGCAGCUUUACUACCACUACUACCUUCGCACGUCUGAAACCAGCUACCUGAACGAAGCCUUCUCCUUCUAUUCUGCGAUACGGCAGAGGUCUUACUACUCCCAGGUCAACAAGGAAGACAGGCCCGAACUGGUGGUGAAGAAAUUACGCUAUUACGCUCGGUUUAUUGUGGUUUGCCUCUUACUCAACAAAAUGACUGUGGUCAAGGAACUGGUUAAGGAACUAUCCGACGAGAUCGAAGAUUACACCCACCGCUUCAACACCGAAGAUCAGGUAGAAUGGAAUCUUGUCCUGCAAGAAGUAGCUGCUUUUAUUGAGGCAGACCCGGUGAUGGUCUUAAACGACGACAACACGCUGGUGAUCCUCUCCAACCGCCUGUCGGAAACGGGAGCCCCACUGCUGGAGCAAGGGAUGAUCGUGGGGCAGCUAACCCUGGCCGACGCCCUCCUCAUUGGCAACUGCAACAAUCAGGUGAAGUUUAGCGAGCUGACCGUCGACAUGUUCCGGAUGCUGCAGGCGCUGGAGCGGGAGCCCAUGAAUCUCGCCACGCAGAUGAACAAGCCGGGGUUGCAGCUUCCUUCUUCUGAUUCCUUUUUUCAGGAGCUUCCUGCCAAUAGCGUCCUGUUGAUCUACUUGUCAGCCACCGGUGUCUUCCCUUCAGGUCGUUUGGAUAGUGAAGGUCCCUAUGAUUUUGGGGGCGUCCUGACCAAUAGCAACCGGGACGUCAUAAACGGGGACGGGAUCCACAAACGGAACCAGUUGUACAAGGAAAUGCAUUGCUUGCACCCUGGUGAUCUCUACCCUUUCACCAGGAAGCCUCUGUUUGUCAUAGUGGAUUCGUCGAACAGCGUCGCCUACAAGAAUUUCACCAACUUGUUCGGGCAGCCGCUGGUCUGCUUGCUUUCUCCCACCACGUAUCCUAAAGCGUUGCAAGAUCAAUCCCAACGAGGCAGUCUCUUCACUUUCUUCCUGAACAAUCCGCUCAUGGCAUUCCUGUUCGUCUCCGGGUUAUCAAGCAUGCGCAAAGGACUGUGGGACAAAUGCCACGACUACCUUCGCAAAAUCAACCGGGAUAUCGCACAACUCUUGACUCAUUCCCGCUCCAUAGGAAACCAGGAAUUAUCCCGAAUCGAAACCAGGAAUUAUCCCGAAUCGUAUCCCCAACUGCCCAGGGAUGAAACGGUGGAAAAUCCGCACCUCCAAAAGCACAUUUUGGAAUUGGCUUCAAUAUUGGAUGUCCGAAACGUAUUUCUGGAGACCACCCUCGACGAUUAUUAAAGCAGAGAAAUGCACAUUCUGGAGACUGCAGGGGUUUUUUUAACCCU